CUGUGCCAUCUUUGUGGUGUGGAUAUGAAAUACGUGCAGGACGGAAGGCGAGACAAAUACUUGCGGUUGCAGACACCGUUGGGGAGGGAGAAAGUUAUUCGAAAACUCAAAAUAACCGAGUUACUGACUGAAAUAAGGGAGGCAGCUUAACAUCAAGGCUACCCUUCCUUCUCUACAGUAUCUCGGUUAUUCUCGUCUGUUACUCGCUUAUUUUAGUUUUUCGAGUAGGAAUAUUUGAUUUGUUUAUAUAUUUGCUCUGCUCAGUUUAUUCAAUGUUGUCUUCGAACAAGAUGGUGAAGCUUGGUUCUGAUUCAUCCUAAAGAACUGAAGAUGUUCACUCGGAGCCAGGAGUUUUUCUCUGCUAGAGCUAGAAGACCCACUCGGGUGGUGCAAGAACUGCAAGCUCUAACACGGUUGCGGAAUUCCGCGGCCAGCGUGGGCUAGUGGCUGUCUAUCGCACAGAGUUCGUGACAGAGGAGGAGGUCGCAGUCGUGGACAGCGAAGAUGAUGAGGACACCCAAGAUGAUGAGGCUAUGGAUGACGAUGCCUUGGAGAGGCAGGAAGAGGAAAUGUUGGCUGCAAUUGCGGGAAGCAGGGGAGCUGUUAUGGCAAAUUUGGCUGAGUUUUGAUAAGAUUCUUCACAACGACGAAGUGAUCACGUUUUUGGAUCGAUGUCAUCGUGGUUUUACCUUUGCUACUGAAGAUUUUUCGUAGUACGUGCGUGGCUGCUGCAACCCCGUCUCUAACACCCGAAAUUACAGUAGAAGCGGUGACCCAGAUGAGCUCGCUUUGAACGAGGUGCGCGCUUCCUCAAGAGCGGAAAGACCGGGAAAUAAAACGUCUACGAAAAAGACGUCCUCACGAGGACCCUCAUCGCGUGGACCCUCGUCACGUUCGCCCUCUUCACACGGACGCUCGUCACGUGGAGCACCGGCGUUGUUCUACGAUGAUGGUACGAUUCAACUGUCUACUAGUAACCGGCACCAAGAACUAGGAAUAGGACGAUGAUAGACCACAAGUGUGAUUAUGAUCUUUUCGAUUUUGAGCCAUGUUGAAAUUGCAUCGUGCUCGUCGUUGUGAUUUAGACGACAACCUACACCUAAGUACAUUCUCACAGGUGCCAGAAGCCGUCGAUCAGCUAGUCCACUUUUAGAAAAUGCUAGGAAAAGCAGAAGUAGUACUAGCACCACUUCUAGAGGCGCAGAAGGUGCUAGGAAGAGCAGUAGAAGUAGAAGUAUAAGCCCUUCAAGUCCUUCACCCGGCGGCUAUCUUAGUUAAGGCUACAAGAAAUCCAUCUUCGCAGGCAUUUUGGUCCCCUUUUUGUAAGGGGAAAGGGCCCAGGAUGCUACCGGAGAGGGUUUUCCCGUAGUAGUUCUAAUUUAGAGCGGCUAGUCAGAAAAAUGGAGAGAAAACGAAGGUAUCACAAAGGCGGCAAUCAGCUGCGAAGGGACCUGCCAUGAUGGCUAGAGGAGAUCGGGUAUCGAGGAAAUCGGCUGUAGCUGGAGGUGUUAGAGGCGACUCUGCAACUACCAGACCAUCAGGUGGAUUAGUUCAUCUAGGUAGCACAAGUACUCGCCUGUCUGCUUUGAACCUCAACAGCAACAAAAACUCCGUGAUGUUGAAGGGUGAGGGUGAAAGCGUAGGAAUCAUGGUCUACGACAGUUACGAGGAUAUGAAAGAGAACCGAUCGCCUGUGGAGAAACACAAACACGCGUUGGAAAUUCGAGAGAAACUUAUGGCUAUUUUUGUCUAGCUACAUGGAGUACAUAUCAUUACAACAUCAUCAAAAGAGUACACCCACAGGAAUUAUACCUAUUUCUAGUUCGGGAGGAGGAGCAUCACCUUUAUCAACUACCACUCCAACCGCACCCACCUCUAACAAGCAACAAAAAUUCCUCGAUGCAACUUUUCCUCACCUGUGGUGGUGGGGUCCGGUUGAGGUGGAUAUCAAAGUCUACAAGCCUCGAGAGGAGCUCUUCUACUACCACGAGCAGCUGUCGUUCCGCAGUAACACGGAUAUCCUCGACUUGCCAUCACACCUACCCUGGGAGAAAGGUCUCGGAUGCAACAGCAUAAUGUGCUCCACGCGAUACACCAAACAAACGCUGUUUUUGACCUUUUUAUGGUGAAGACAGGACUAGCAAUAGCACUAUGAAUACGAAGACUCGAUCUUAUCUAGUGGACGGUAACGACGUGUUGAACUUCUACUUCUAUUGCUUGUCCUCUUUCUUUUCCUAGUUAGAUUGGCUUCACCCAUUUUAUUGCUUGUCCUCUUUCUGAUGAUGAAGAUGAUGUAAGUAGUUUUUGAUCAGUUUCACGAAGGAAUGAUAUUAUUGUUCUCUGUAGUUAUUUUUUCCUCUAACCUCCGCCGCUUUCGUAAUGAAUUUCGGGUUUUACGGUUUUAUGUACGGCGCCCCCCAGAACAUGGCUGAUGUGCAGAAAGCCCUUUGUUAUGUACCUGGAGCAACGUGAAUACUAAGAAGGAGAAACUUCCCAGAAUCUUCCCAGGAUCUUCCUGCUUGAGCCUUCCAAAAGCUGGCGCAAAAUGGCUUCGUAAUCUUUCCAGAAACUUACCCCAAACACGACUAGGGAACUUUCUGGAAACUUCCCAGAAUCUUCUCAGAAUCUUCCCAGAAACUUCCGAGAAGUCACGAAAGUGGCGAAGUUUCUGCGAAGCUGCAUGUUUCUAACUUUGGGCACGACCCGCUUGGGCCCUUCUCCUAGGCGCAACCAUCGACUUGACCGGUUGUCUAGCUGGAACGAUCUUCGUAUCGCGUGUAUCUUAAGGCUAGUCAGUGUCAGUGGUCACUAUCUCUCUGAUAUGGACUAUGCUCCUGAGUAGGCAGUGGCCGUCACUAUCUUUCUGAUUUGGACUAAAUUAUGCAUGUCACGUGCUCCUGAGUAAGUGCUGAAGUCACGGGAUAGUGAUCGACUGGCGUUAAGUAUCGCGGAAGUUUGGACUGUUUUUGUACUUUGCGUUGGUAGCUGUUGGUCUGAUACUGUUUCUUGGAGGGUUAUCCUUUGCGCCAGCAAGUCCCUACAAGGUCUUGGAGGGUGUGCAAACCGCCGCAUCCAGCACCCCGACAGGCGUGUCACUGCUGCAAGGAGGGCUGCUGGAUCACGAUCAAAAGAGUCUUCAACUGCAAGAAGCACAACAAAAGUCUCUAUCUUCAGAACAAAUUGCAGAGGAUCUGCAAGUACAGUUACAGAAAAUUCAACAGCAGGAUCCUGAACAUCUGGAUGAAGGCCAACAGCAUGAUCCUGAACAUGAUCUGGAAGAGCACCACGACCAUGAGGAGCAAGACGAUGCUUCUACCUUUCUUGGAGUAGUGAACAAAGAUCUAGCUGACAUCAGCACUGUUGCUACGGACUUCUUCAGCUUUGGAGACCAGUUGGGUGACCACGACGAGCAGCAGAGCACCGAUCACGGACCGAUCUUUCUACAGGAAGGAAAGCAAGCUAGAAGUACAGCAGCUUCUACUUCUAGAAGUGAGCAAAAUUAUAACCAAGGGAAGACGUGGCUGGAACAGAAGUUUUCCGCAGCUGUGCCUUCGAACGUCUGGACUAAUACUCAACCGAACAUGGCCGUGCCUCGCAGAGGCGUCUUUUACUUCUUACAAGAAGCAGGAAGUAGAAAACGACGAGGACAGAACGGACCACAAAGUCCUCAAAGUACGUCCAGUUCUUCUGUUGAUCAUCUCCUCCUCUCCAAUUUGCUGAAGUCGUCGUCCUCUCCGGAAGCAGCGCUAGAGCUAACAACUCCAGUGUCUCUACUGAUGUCUCGGACUACAAGCGGUGCGCUUGCGAAUCCCUUCUAUGCGAACACGAUUUUUGCCGAUGAUCGCGGAGUUUCUACUAGUUCGUCUAGCAGCAGUCGGGCUAAACUUAAGACUUCCGGAAGUCCAUGUUCAGAACCAUCUUGGACCUCCCGUGUAAGGGGGAAGUGGGUCCAAGACUUGACUUUUAGAAUGGAAGAUUCCACCCGGAAGGUCUAAUAUUUGACGCAUAUUUGCUCCUUCUGGCGAAAGCCAUCAACGUAGGAACAAGCGCAGAACACUAGCUGCUGGAGUCACAGGAGUAGGACCCUCUACCUCUACGUCCGAAGAUGAUCUAGUAGAUGACAAAGAACUAGAUAGCCACCGGUUGCACCAGAAGAAGCGAAUAACGUCUAAACUUCAACAUCGGAAGAUGAAGAGAAUACGUAAUAAGAACUACGCAGCAAGCGAUGCCGUCUGGGACAACGAUACGGUCAACAGGGUCAUGAUUCUGCAGAGUGAGCAAGCGAAGGACGCGAAUUUUCGAGCAACAUUUAAGGCUCCCCCUAAAAAUCCAUCUUGAUCAGAUGGAUCUUCGAAAGCAUUAUUUUACUUGAGAAGACCGAUGUUUUCAGCCUCAGGGGGGAGUCCAAUGAAUUUUUAGGGGUCUCAAGAAGAUAAUCUUCAAGAUGAAUUUCAAUUUGUAUUUUUUGGGUGUCCUCAACACUCUAAUGCAUGGUACGGCAAAUUGUACUACACCUUCUUCAAAGACGAAGUCACACCGAAAAUCGAGAAUUUGAUGUCUAGAGGAUUGCGUGUCGAGACAGAGGAUGAAUUUGCGGACGCCGUAGAUGGAGAAGCAGAGUUGAAUAGUAGAAAGACGAAAGCAGAACUAUACAGCAACGAUGAUGAUGAAGGAGAACAAGGAGAACAAAGUGCAAGCGGAAAAACAUCUACAUCAACGUCGGUAGAAAAACUUAGCUCGUCAUCAUCAUCUUCUGCCUCGUCCUCGUCAUCUUCCUCAUCCGCUUCUGCUUCCUCAGAACUGAAGCAUCUACUGUCCCAACGGGAACAUCAUGUAGAACAGCAUAACUCACAUUCCGCGUCCCUCUUCGGCGUUUCGCGACAGACAGCACCUGCUGCUGUGGAUGUUGAGUCGCGACCCUACCACAUGGAAUGGAUCUUGCAAAUGGGCUUUCUGAUCACAAAAUUCGCAGUGCAUCUAGGCUUUUCGACUCUGUACCUGUGGAUUCCAGAGUUGUAUCUUAUGGAUGCCUACAAUGAGAGUCUAAGUUAAUACCACAUCCGUUUUUUAGCAAGGAAGGCUUAAGCCUGCAUCUCUAAAUCCGCAACAGAGGUGCGUGCCCAGGGGCUCUCUUUGUCUAUGGCAGUAGGGAGGAUCGGCGCGAUCCUGGCACCCCUUGCCUACGAAAUCUGCGCAGGAUUUAGUCCUCUGUAUUCAUUGUUAUACCAUUUAUUUGAACGUCAUGGUCUUGGUCUGAGUCUGACAUUGUUAUCAAAAAGAUGAAGAUUAAGAUUUGAACCGAUAGUACAGAAGUAUUCCUCCAAAUAUAGCUUGAUUGUCACUAGUAUAUUAACUUCAUGUAGUCUCUUAGAUGACUCUUACUCUUUUUUCUUCCUUAAAUCUGCGCACCAGGUUCUUCUACAUGCUGAUUUUCAUCCUGUAUCUUGCCGUGGUCGCCUUAGUUGUGUUUGUCUCUCUUAAGGAGACCUCCGGAACUACCAUCUAUGAAGCGGACUCUGACUGCGAAUUGGAUAAGCCGAUACGAGCGGCUAUCUCCUGGUACGAAUUCAUCGACCCGGACGUCGAAGGCAGGAAAAGAAAAGCAGAACGCGAAGGCCGCACUUACAAUAGGCAAAAAGCAGUCGAGUAUGCUGCAACUGGAUGUAUCAAGGCAACUGUACCCUUAUGGCUGCAAUGUUGGCAUUUACAGUAUUCACAACACUCGUAGUGGUCCCAGAACUCGAUUCUUUCAACCAAGAAUAAUAAUUGUUCAACUGUCCUAGUACUUAUAGUAAAUGCAGCAUAGAACAAGUAGUAGAUGUGAAGGGUUUCAUCGGUAUUUGGUAACCUGAACUUGAUCACAGAGAUUCUCUUCUUGUUUUCCCUUGUGAUCAAAUUCAGGCUACCGAAAACCAAAAAAAUACAAGAUGAGAAGUUCUUGUGCCGCUAACCGAAGCCGAUUCCGAUCGCCCUCCACGUGUUGGCAGAGAGGGAUCAGCGUUGAUGGAUGAAAUGAACGCGCAUUUGGAGGAUACAUUGGCUGAAAAAGAAGAGGAAAUCGCAAAACUGAAGAGGAAGAGUAUGACCCUGGAAUGAAUCAACGUGAAUGUGAAACUGAAUAACUAGUACAUGAUACUUUCGUCGACAGACCGAGCGCAGUGUAGUGGAAAAACCAAGACCACCACUUUUCUCUAAAAAGAGCAGCAAGCUGAAAGACCGUCUCAGUGCCGUGAAGGAGAUGGAACACGAUCGACGCCGGAUGAAUAUCAUUUAAGCAGAGGCAGUUUCUUUUUUUCCAGUACAGAGGAAAAUAGAUGUUUCAUCAAGAUAUCCAAUCCAAGAAGAAUUUCAGGAUACGUCUGUGCCUAUUUACUUGGGAGCAGGAGUGGUGGGUCUAGGGUUCUUUUAUUUAGGAAUCAUAUUCAAAAAAUGAAAGAAAAUCUUGUUUUCUAACUCUCGGUAGACGAACACCAGGGAGAAGUAAUCGACGUACACGAGGUGUUUGCUGAUGAUGAUCCCGCUCGGGCACGUGGGUUGGAUGAAUACAGAGUCAAGAAAAAUGAGGUGCAUAUUGGGGCUACCAGAACCAGUGGACAUCUUCAAGUUAUGGAUCAUUUUGAAAAGAACAAUGUUGCAUUUGCAAAAGUGGAUCAGGUCAAAUAGGAUAGAAUUGCAAAGAGAUGAUAGGCCUGGAUAAGCAGCACAUUAACAUUACUUCUGUCGUCCACCUCCUGCUUUAACCCCUCUGCCGGUGCCGACGAUGACGCAGCCGAUACCAGCAAGAUUCCGCCACCAGCACCGCGCGACGUAGGUGGGCUUGAUGGCGAAUUGAGGGUGUUCCUAGAAAGUCAGAGUCCAAUCGAGUUGACUCCUAGAACGGGACCAGCAGGCGAGGAAGGCAACAACUAUGGCUACAAGAAGUAAUCCAUCUUCGUUGUCCCCAGCAUCGAUCCAUGUUGGUCCAGUUUUCAAAGGGAAAAGUGAGCCCCGUCUUCAAAGGGAAAAGUCGAUCUUGUUCCUGUUUUGUUUCAAAGGAAAAUACAUGGGGGCCCAAGAUGUUGCUGAAGUAGAUGGAUUCUCCUAUACUUCUAAAGCAACGAGAGCCUAGGUCUCUCCUGGUUGCAGAAGAAAGUAGCGAGAGAAGAAGAUAAAAAGAAACAGCGGAUUUUGUUAUGGGAUUCAACAUCAGGGAGGUUGGCGUAAGUACAUUGAAGAUGUUGGAAUUUUUUACUAAGAAAGUGAGUAUAAUAAGCAGCUUGAUCUUGAAUAGUUCUUCAGGAAUAGACUUCCCCAGCACAACUAGAGUGAUACCAGACUAGAGCUCCCUGCCGGUCCUAACUAGCUGGAUAUCCUCUCCACCCUCUAAUGCUAGACAACGUCAAGCGAAAGAGUGCAGAGAACCAACUGGAAGCAGCCUUGAGUAGCCCAGAAGGUAUGGGUGCGGGACUCGCGCAGCUUCUUGCUGGAGUUUUAUGGUCAAGAACAACUCUUAGUGUAGUUCAUCUGUACCCGCAGGUCUUAACAAUAUACACAUAGAGAUAGAAUCAGAAUAGAUAGUAUAAGGGCAAGAUUAAUGGUGCUAGAGAUACCAACCAAGACUUUCUAUUGCUCGCAUAUGACCCAUAUUACCCACUCUAAAAAUUGGAGGGGAAGAGGGUGUGAGGGAGCUGCUGGAAUCGCGACAAUCCGAGAUGCUAGCCAAGGGCGGCACUGAGAAAUCAUCACCAUCGGGGUCACCGUGAGCAGAGGAGAUGCUUGCGUUUGCGAGGGGGUUUGUUCGGAGAGUUAGCUGGAAAGCGAGUCAACACAUCAUCUACACCUCCUAAAUCUAGAUGGAACUAGAACUAAAUAUUCAUGAUGAUCUAUCAUCAAGAACGUGAUACAACUCUUGUUAUUCACCAUGGAAAAUCACAAAGAUUUUCAUCAGCGAGCAUGGAAUGUUUCAUUGUGUGAGUAUCUAUCUAUCGGAAAAAGAUUACAUCAGACGGCUCGAUAGAAAAACAAUCAUUUUGCCGAAAAACUAGCACUACCAGAGUACAACGAGCAGCAUCAUUAACUUCAACAACUAGUACAACUCGGAAAAAAUAUAAUGACUACAAGAGCAACAGCAAGCACAACAAUCAGAAAAGCUAAAACAUCUACGACACCUAAGAGUAAGUGGACAUCAGGAACUAAAAUAAGAAGUGAAGAACAGGACAGGAAGUAUUGACACUACCUAGUACCUCAUCGCUUCAUCAAUUUAGUUGAAGAUUACUUGAGGAGCGCACAAAGAAGGGAAUUACGAAGUACAAGUACUCCAAGAGUCAUAGUUGUAUCCGAGAAAAUGAACUCAUACAGCUCCUUCAUUUGUACAGCACGAUUAGAUUACCCAUAGAAAAUGAAUGCAUCUGUACACCCGCUACCAGAGACAUUCGUGGUGGUCUACCACAUCAAUUGUUUCGCAAUAAAUUUUUGAAGACGGCUUCAGAUUCACCUAGUUUCAUCCGAAAUGCUUAUCACAUCCUUUCAACAUAAUCCUAGAAAAACGUCGCUUGAGACGUCAGUAAAAAUUAAUAUGAGUUUCAUCCAUAGACAGCUUCAAGUUCAACUAUUUUUUUCUCGAUGUACCAAAUUACAGUAUUAAUUUCAAGAUUCGUCCAGUAAAAAUGACAAGUCAAUUCUUUCAUUUAGUUGAUGCUGACUAAUCUCUUCUCGCGAGUAGAAUUCAAGGAAUUAAAAAAUGCUCGAUGUUGGAGAUCGAACGAAGACACCGCAAGUCUAUCUGAAGGACGUAC